UUGCUCACUGACGAGAGAAGAACUCCGUCCCAGCAAUACACAGAAAAACAGAGCAAGGCCUGUUCCAGAGACAUGAAAAUGAACCUCAAACCGCUGUGCUUAAUCUUUCUGAUCCUCUUCCUCAUGAACUGCCCGACAAGUUCAACUUCAACCCCAACUCCGACGCCUUGGCCGGAACAAUUCCACGCGCUUCUGUACAUGAACAUUAGCGGCAAGCCCCUUCAUGUCGCUGACCUCUGGUACGACUGGCCCAAGCGUCGUAGCUUCUACAUACACCGGCGGCAACUAGUCGAUGACCUCCUGUACAACGCGGAGUGGGGCAACGGCACGUCGUAUUACUUCACGCUGGGGCCAAACCCUACGUGCAGAGUGGUGGACUACGGGGUUGGGAUUCCGAGGCCCGAUUUUCUGGUCGACGCUAAUUACCUUGGAACUCGGGUCAGCGACGGCUUCCUCUGCCACGUGUGGGAGAAGGUCGGCUUCAUUUGGUACUACGAAGAUGUUCUCACCAGAAGGCCCGUUCACUGGGACUUCUCCGACGAUUCAGUGGUUCAAGCACCUGCGCCGUGUUUCAACCAGGACAGGCUUCAGUCCAAGACCACGUCGUUUAAUAAGUUUGGCUGCCCUGACUUCGAUUUGAAUUUGAUUAAAUAGGGUAGAUCAUAGAAUUCUAUGUUCCUGGCCAGAACUUU